AGGGGUUUACCUAGGUCAAGUCGUAUGUUCUAUCUAUUCCUUCCUAUUAUCAUGUUCACGCAUCACCCUGGAGGCUUAACAUCUGAAUUCUAGCUUACGAGAUAUUCUUGUCAGCUGAGACCCACAUGUAUUGUACUUUGGUACUUCGUACUACUCCACCAUCUUAGACCCCUGCUCAGUUUCUCAACCCUGGACCCCUCUACCUUUUACCCCUCCAUUAAAAAAAUCCUCGACUGGGCGCAAGGCGACAACCGUCUAACCGGAUCACGUCAGAGCACGAGGCUGAAGCUGCAAUAUCUCGUUUUGUAAUACCGAACCUUAUUGUCUUUGAAUUCGGCCGAUCGCAUCAUCAGCCUAUUUACCAUAAAAGGCCUUGAUAGUACAUCAUGAGUAAGUUCGGGGUUAUGGUGAUGGGCCCCGCCGGGGCUGGCAAGUCUACCUUCUGCGCCGCCCUCAUAACUCACCUACAACUCAACCGCCGCUCAUGUUUCUACGUCAACCUCGACCCUGCCGCUGAGUCCUUCGAACAUGCGCCGGAUCUAGACAUCAAAGAGCUCAUAUCGCUCGAAGAUGUAAUGGAGGAGAUGAGCUUGGGGCCUAACGGCGGUCUUAUUUACUGCUUCGAGUUCCUCAUGGAAAACCUUGACUUCCUCACAGAGGCUCUAGAGUCUCUUACAGAGGAAUAUCUAAUCAUCUUUGAUAUGCCCGGUCAGAUCGAGCUCUACACCCACGUCCCUAUAUUGCCGGCACUCACUAAAUUCUUAACUCGAUCCGGUUCCCUCGACAUCCGACUGUGUGCUGCUUAUCUUCUGGAAGCUACUUUCGUGGUGGAGAGGGCCAAAUUCUUCGCCGGCACGCUAAGCGCCAUGAGUGCCAUGAUCAUGCUGGAGAUCCCGCACAUCAACAUCCUGUCCAAGAUGGAUCUCGUGAAGGACCAAGUUCGCAAGAAGGAUCUAAAGAGAUUCCUCACCCCCGAUUCCGGUUUACUCGACGAUGAUCCAGUCGAGAUUGCCCGGCAGAAAGCAGAGGGUACCACAGGAGAGGAAGUCGAGGCCGCAGAUCCCCUAGACAAGGAUGCUGUGAUGAAAGGUGCCAGUUUUCGACGGCUGAACAGAGCAGUUGCAGGUCUUAUUGAGAACUUCAGCAUGGUCAGCUAUCUGAAGCUGGAUGUACAGGAUGAGGACAGUGUUGGGGCAAUUCUCAGCUACAUCGACGACUGUAUCCAAUACCACGAAGCACAGGAGCCCAAGGAGUUGAAGGAUGAGGAGUUUGAUGAUAUGGAUGGGAUGGAUGGUUAAUAUCCGGAGGCUCCAAAUGAUUACUAAGGCUAUCAAGGGAUGAUAGGGUGAAAAAGAUACAGGAAAAUGGCAACUGAUACCCAGGGAUAUGAGGGCACAUUCUGGGAGUCAUGUUACUUGCAUAGCAACGGCGUUGUGGAUUUAGGACACCUUGGCUGAUACCAAAAAAUUGAUUUACAUUGGGCAAAUCACAUCAAUCAUCACAUAUGAAUCCGGUG